AUGAGAGAAAGGUGGACGAGUGAAAAGAAGGAUCAGUGGUCGAAGAGGGAGAAGGAGUGGAGGCCGAGGGGUGAAGAGAAGGAGCCGAGGACCAACACUGAGAAGAGGAACCGAAAGCCCCGAGGGCCUGCUGUAUCCGACUUCGUCUCUGUGGAGUCCGCACCAUUGGAUACCAACCCAGUCACGUUGCUCGAAGGCGAAGCUUCUACCCCUGAAUCUCGCACGGGGACUCGUGUCGCCCCUCCCAUGCGGCCGUACGAACUCGCUCAGCGAGUGACGAAGCUGUGUGAGCAGGGCAAGCUCGACGAGGCGAUCUCGUACGUGAAGAGCGCGCCGACAGCCUCGCAGAACGCGAUCGUGUGGAAUACGUUGAUCAUGUAUGCAUUCAAUGCUUAUCAAAUCAAUACUGGAUACACAUUGUUUAUCGAUAUGAAACGACGCGGAUUCACACCUAUUCCAUCAACAUGGACGAUCAUGUUUCAAGGUCUUGCAAGGCGCGCGGCCAAGUCCGAUGGCAAGUUCAGCGAACAGUUCCUCGGCCGCGUUUCUUCCGCCUACACACAAUUCAUCAAAGUUCUCGGGGACCUAGAAGACAAUCGCCAUUUUCAAGUCACAGACUUUAACAUACCUUUCAAUGCCUACCUCGACCUUCUUCUGGAGCUCGGAAGGCACCAGGAGCUGUACGACGUCUUCCGCAGCAUGGAGGACUAUGCGCCGCUUAAGGCGGACGGUUUCACAUACUCGACCGUGCUUCGCUGUAUCCUCAAGCGGCCCGACGUUCCCUGGAAGGGAGAGACAGGAGAGGUGAAAGAGAUCCGAGAUGCCGUACUUGCCAGGAAAGUGUGGGACCAGAUACGAGCUCCGAGGAAUGGGACCCCGGUACUUGUCGACUCUCACCUCAUUUCAGCCAUUUUGCGCAUCAUGACGGCCUCGCCUCGGCUCACGGAUCAGCAGUACGGUCUGGAUCUCGUGGAAGAGUAUCUCGGUUUGAUAAAACCAGGCACUCUGAGCCCCUCUGAAGGGAGCAAGAUCGCACGGGGGAAGAACGGUCAACCGUUGGCAUUGACGAGCUACUCCUUCCACCUGGCCCUUCUGCUCGCAGCCAGCAUGCGCCGUUUCCGCUACAUAUUGCACUAUAUCCAGCAAGUGCAGGACUCUCCCUGGGCGCCCCAUAUCCUCAACACGGGGCAUCUGAACCUCGCCAUCAACGCUCAUGCAGAACUCGCCGUCGCGAAGGGGAGCACCGAUGUCCAGGAGGCCUUCGAACUAAUCGAAUGGAUGUACCGCAUGGAGGCGCUCGACCCGAAAGCGUGGAGAGGCAUACUCCCCAAUCAAGAUACGUACACUGCCAUGUUCCGCGCGUGCUGGAAAGGGAACGACUACAACUCGGCGCGCAAGGGGUUCUCCCGCAUGAGCGGAUAUGACGACGCUGAUUUUGUCACGAGCUCGGAACCCAAGCCGCGGUCGGUCGUCAUGGGCCGUUCCUUCCUUCCUGACGCUCACGCUAUGAGCUGCUUGGUUCGUUCGUCGCUGUCAAAGGAGCGGAACAUCUCCCAUGCUCUCGAGAUAGUCAGACACAUUGGGCUGCCUCACUUUUUCCCUGGGUCUAACGUGCCUUCGGGUGAUAGAGAACACUCAACAAAGGGGUCAAGGCAUACCCAGCGCACCCAGGCGUUUUAUCGUGCCAAACUGGCGGAAGCGAUCUUGAGCGCCAUAGACCGCGGUGGGCCCGACUUGCCCUUCGAACAAAAGUGGCUUGAUCAUACCGCCAAAGUGUGCGAGAGGACGAAGAUGGACUUUGAUCAGAACUGGAAACUCGGUCCCGCACUUAGGGAAUGGAUGGGAGAGUCUAUCGAUCGAGAGAACUCUGCGGAGCUGCUGGGAGACCAGUAG